AAUUGAAAACAGAUAGGCUCUGUCUGAGGCUGUGCCUCCCUUGCCUUCUCCUCUUGGCGCGUGGGGAACACUGGCUGCUGGUCCACUCUAGGUCUAUACCAUGGGGUCCAGCACUCUUUCCCCAGCCCUCCUGCUGCCACUUCUCCAGUUUGGCUUCCAGAUGUUGGCUCUACAUGCAGACCCUGAGCCUGGAGCUUCUUUCUUUGGAGACAGCUUUGUGGAGGUGCCCUCAGUGGAUGCAUACAGCACAGUUCAUCUCCGCCUCCAGUUCUACACAAGUCAGCACAAAGGUCUCCUCUUCCUGGCUGCUGGACAGGCUGACUACCUCCUGAUGGAGCUGCAAUCCGGCAUCCUACAGGUUCGACUACAGCUGGGCUCAGAGAAGAUAAUGGUCAACUCUCCAGCAGGCCUGCAGCUCAAUAACUUAGUUAUCCACAGUGCUGAGCUGUUGGUCAGUGAUGGUCAGAUGACUCUGAUUGUGGAUGGCCUCUUUAACACCUCUGUGGAGAUCCGAGGACUCCUACAGCUGUUAGACAUUCAAUAUGGUCUCUACAUAGGCGGGGCUGGGACCCUAGAGCUGCCAUACCUCUCGAGGUCCACCUCACCAUUCAGAGGCUGCCUCCAUACAGUGAUCUUCAAUGGCCUAGAUGUUCUUUCUCUCCUGACAUCUGGUGAUGGCUCCAAAAUAUUCCACAGAGUUCAGGAAGGGUGUAGCACAGAGUUCUCUGCUGGGCCUGAUGACCCUUUCAGCUUUCUGGGACCACACUCUUACAUUACUUUCCCUGGGUGGAGUGCAAGAGAAGAAGGGACCAUUGAAUUUGUGAUAACAACGAGUAUCACUCAGGCCCCUCUGAUCUACCAGUCAGGGCUGAACAAUGACUUCAUCUACCUAGAGAUCUUUGAUGGGCGCUUAAGGGGAGUAGUUGAAAAAGGUAAUGGGACUGUCAUCCUGCACAACAAUUUCUACAUCAGUGACGACCAGCAGCACUACGUGAAAGUCUAUGUGGACAUGUACAAGUUUGAGAUCCUUGUUGACUACUAUGGCUCACGGACAUCCAACCGGGGUAUCCACAGCCAUCUUGAUCUCCAGGGAAGCCUCUUCAUUGGAGGUGUGAAUGAAAAGGCCUUGCACAGGUUGAGGGAAUACCGACUUGCUUUCAUCUCUGGGGACAGCUCUGUCAACAGGUCAUUCAUUGGCUGCUUGGAGGACCUGAGGAUAAACCUGGAAAAGAAGAGCCUGCAAGAUGCUCUGGUCACAAAGGGCAUAACAACAGUCUGUGGAAAGCAGGAGCAGUACUGGGACUAUGAGAAUGUAUAUGAGCAGGAUGAAGCAACCACAACCCCAGUUCCCGAUGUCUGGCACGAAGUGCUGGGCCCAGUGGUGGAACCUUGCCACCCUGACCCUAGCCUCCCUCCCAUCUUUGCCAACCUCACUAGGCUGUUGCAUGUCAGCCCCCUCAUUGUUGCUGAAGGAGGCACAGCCUUUCUAGAAUGGCGACACACCCAGCCUACCAUAGACCUCAACAGUGCCAGUAUCAGGCAGUCUCAGGUCCUUUUUAGUGUCACAAAUGACCCCAGGCAUGGCCAGCUGGAACUAGACAUACCCAGUUCUAGAAACAGAAGGAAGUUCACUUUGUUGGAUGUAGUGAAUCGGAAAGUCAAGUAUGUCCAUGAUGGCUCUGAGAGUCCCAUGGACCAGCUGAUGCUGGAGGUAACGGUCACUGCCCGGAGGGGGGUUCCUGACUGUUUGCGGCAAGGCCAGAUUUACCUGCUCCCAGUAAUGAUCAACCCCAUCAAUGAUGCCCCACAAGUGAUCUUCCCCCAUGGGGACCUCAUGGUGAUUCUGGAGCGCACACGGAAGCACCUGGGCAUGGACAUCAUCCAGGCACAUGAUGAUGACACAUCCUGUGACAACCUGAAAUUCCAGCUGCUUGGCAGCAAGAGAAUGGAAGAAGGUUAUGUGGAAUAUGAUUUCCAGCCUGGAGUCCCCAUUGAUGAGUUCUCCUGCAGGGACCUGGAGGCAGGCAAUGUGGUCUACGUCCACCAGAGUGGACCAUCAUUACAGCUCAUCUUUCAAGUGAGUGAUGGCAUGGUCAGGAGCCCAGUGGCUGCUUUGAGAGUCAUUGCCAUUGAGCCUGACAUUCAAGUACACAAUAACACAGGCCUGUUCAUCUCUCAAGGAGGCACUGUUCUGAUCACCACAGCCAACCUCUCAGUAGAGACCAAUGCAGUAAAACAAAGAGUAACCAUCAUUUAUCGCCUCACAGAUCCUCUCUGGUACGGUGAAAUCCAGAAGCAAGGGAGCAUGGGAGGGGAGUGGAAGAAAGUUGAAGCUUUCCACCAGCAAGACAUUGAGCAUGGGCGCGUACAGUAUUUCAGCACAGACCCUGAGCACCAUCUGGAAGAUGUCAUGGAGAAGCUGAGGUUCGAGGUUCAAGUUGGCCAGAAGGUCUUAACAAACAACACUUUCCUCAUCAGGAUCAAAAGGGCGACUAUCAAGAUGAGGACCAUGGUGCCCCUGCUGAUGAAAAACAAACGACACAAAAACAUCACUACCAGGGAGCUGGAAGCAACCUUGGAGGAUCCAAAUGCUACCCCACUUUCCUUCUACUAUGAAAUAAUCCAGGCACCCAAAAAAGGAAACCUUGAGCUUCUGGGCAGUAGGCUAACAGAAGGCUUUGGAUUUACCCAAGAGGCCUUGCAGAGAAGACAACUCAGCUACAGUGCUACAGUCAGGAAUGCUAAAGAGACUGAGGACUCCUUCCAGUUCCGUGUCACUGCUGGUGACCAGUAUUCCCCAGUGUAUACCUACAUGAUCAGCAUUGGGGGGGACCCAGAUGCACCUGCCCUGACCAACGUUCUUUUAUCUGUCCUGGAAGGAGGUCAGGCUGUCAUCUCCAAGGACCACCUGUUUGUACAGAGCUUAAGUAGUAUGGACUAUAUGUAUGAGGUGAUUGAAGGGCCAGCUCAUGGAAAGUUGAUCUGGAGGACAUCACCAAACUGGCCUGCCAAUGAAGAGGUCAUUACCGAGUUCACCAAUGAAGACAUCCUCCACAGAAGGCUUCUGUAUCAGCACGAUGACUCUGAGACCACAGAAGAUGAUAUCCCCUUUGUGGCCAUCCAGCAGGAUGAAGGCAGCACGGACCCUGAAGCAGAAGAGGUAAGGGGGGUCUUUAGAAUCUCCAUCCAGCCUGUCAAUGACCAUGCACCCACCCAGGUAGUGAACAAGGUCUUCAAUGUAGUGCGGAAUGGCCAGCGCUUGCUGACCACUGAUGAUAUUGCCUUUGUGGAUGAGGACUCUGGUUUCUCAGAUGCCCAGCUGGUGCUGGUGAGGAAAGACAUUCUAUUUGGUAGUAUCCACUCCAUUGAGGACAGGAGUCGCCAGGUAUACCGCUUCACCCAGGAGGACUUGAGGAAGAAGAAGAUUCUCUUUGUCCACUCAGGGGCUGACCGAGGCUGGAUCCAGCUGCAGGUCUCUGAUGGCCUCCAUCAAACCACAGCUGUCCUGGAAGUACAAGCCUCGGACCCCUACAUCCAGAUUGUCAACAACACUGGCUUAGUCAUCCACCAAGGGAGCCAUGGAACUAUUGACUCCUCUGUCCUCAGCCUGGAGACUAACAUGGACAUAAGAAAUGAUGAGGACAUCCGGUUCCUGAUAACCACCCCGCCACGAUGGGGGAUGGUGCUUAGAGGGGGCCAGCCUACAGGGAUCUUCUCCCAAAGGGACCUGAUGAAUGGAGAAAUAGUGUACCACCACAAUGGCAGCAGGAACUCUAGAGAUGAAUUCCAGUUUUCUGUAGAAGCAAAUCAGGUGGCUGUGGAAGACACCCUGGAGGUCACCGUGUUCCUAGAUAACCACCCAUCUCCCUUGACCGUCAUCCACCACAAAAGAAUAUAUGUCUUCGAAGGGGAAGCAGUUGAGAUUAAGAAAGACCAGUUGCUGGUGACCCACGAAGAGAUCCCACCUCAUGAGAUCAUCUACUCAGUGAGCAGUGACCCUCACUCUGGGUUCCUGGUGAUGGUGUAUCAUGACAGCGAUUCUGAUGAGCCUCCCAGUCUGGACCCUGUCCAUUCCUUCACCCAGGAGGACAUCAACGAAGGCAAGGUCCUCUACCUGCACUCCAAGCCUGAAGAGCAAACCGACCAGUUCACUGUGGACAUCAUGGCCAGCAGGGCAGAUGCCCUGGAGGGGAUUGUGGUGAACUUAGAUGUCCUUCCCAUUGCAGUCCCUCUGGAGGUCCACAAUGUCACAAUCAUGGGUGGGGGCUCCACAGUCCUCUCCACAGACAUCCUGACCAUCCCCAGAGCCUACAUCACAGUGCUGAGUGUGGAGUUUGUGAUUCUUGAGCCCCCAAAAUAUGGGACCAUCCAGAAUAUUGAUAGACCUGAAGAAGGCAACCUUCACUUCUUCUCCUGGAAUGAGGUGGAGCAGCAGCUCAUCCAGUACACACACGAUGGCAGUAAGGCCCUGGCUGACAGCUUCACCAUCCUGGCCAAUGCCUCUGAGGUUGACCGGCAGAGUCAGCCCAAGACCAUCUCCAUCACCAUCGUGCCACGCAUUGACAAGGGGCCUGUGGUUACCAUUAAUGCCGGGCUGCAGAUGCAGGAAGGCACCACGGCAGAGAUCACUCCUGACAUCCUGAGAAGCGAGGAUGAGGGCUCCUCUCCAGAAGACGUGGUUUAUUCCAUCAUGUCCCCAACCAAUGGGAAAAUUGUGCUGAAAUCAUUUCCUAGCAACGGGAUUCUGCAGUUCACUCAGGCUCAAAUAAAUAGCGGGCUCAUCCAGUUUGUGCACAAUGGGUCUCUUGACGGUGGCUUCUCCUUUGAUUUGUCUGAUGGAAAGAAUGUAUCACCUCGGCACUUCUUCAGUGUGAGUGCCCACCAGGAGCUGGUCAUCAGCCUGGUAAAUAAACAGGAUCUCACUGUGUGUCCAGGGACCCUUCAGCCAAUCACUAGCCAGAAUCUGAAAGCCAUGACCAGCAGCAAAGCAAAUGCCAGCUCCUUAUUUUACAGCAUACAGCAGCCCCCGCAGCUGGGCAGGCUGGUGAAUUCCCAGCUGGGUAGUGCCAUGGGGGAUGUGAAGAACUUCACUCAGGCUGAGGUGAAUAGUGGAACAAUCUUUUAUCAGCAUGAAAUGCCCCAGCAGCCAUUUUGGCUUACCCAGGAUGCUCUUCACUUCCGAGUCUCUUCUCCUUCUAUUGUAACAGAGCCAUAUAUCCUAAGAGUGUCAAUAUCAUUUGAAGCAAGCUGUCCCCAGCGGUCAACUCAGCUCUGGAGAAACAAAGGUCUCAUAGUUCAGAAAGCACAGCAUGCAAAGAUUAACACCUCAGUGCUGGAUGCUUCCAACCUUUUGACCAAGGUUCCAGAGUCCAAAAGGACAUCCUAUGAUGUUGUAUUCCUGGUUACUGAGUUACCCUCCCAUGGUCACCUCUCUGUGGCUGAUGUACCCAUCAACAAAGAGCAUCCUUAUUUCCUGCAGUCUGAUCUUGUUAUGGGUGGUCUGAACUAUGCUCACUAUGAGGCUGGUGCCAUAGAAGACCAUUUCAGAUUUAAGGCUUGGCUUCGGCCUUUGGCCAUGGAGUCUAUUUACCCUCCCCAGGAAGGAGGUGGGGUGUUCAUUUCUGAAGCCUUCAAUAUAACUGUGAAUCCUAAUAAUGAAAAUCCACCUCAGCUGACUAAGCAAAGACAUGUCCUGCAGGCCCACCAAGGCUCCUUAGUGAUGCUGUCCCGAGAUCACUUGGAUGUAGUGGAUCCUGACAGUUCUCCUGAAGAGAUUGAGUACAAAAUCCUCAAGAGGCCAGCCAGUGGCUUCCUGGCCAUCAUGCACAAUAAGCAGGUGCCAAUCAGCCAGUUCACCCAAGCAGAAGUCAAUGCUGGCCACCUGGUCUUCAUUGCCAAUGGGAGCAGUUCUCUUGGAUCCUUAGACCUGAGUAUCUCUGAUGGGCAUAAUCUACCCAUAUUCACUUCCCUGGAAGUAGAGGUUCUUCCUGUAUUGACAACAGGGAUGAGCCAGAUACCUUUAGAAAUACCUCAGGACCGGAACAUUGCCUACCUGUCCAGAGAUCACCUCCUGGGGGGCUCACAGCCAGAGGAACAAGAUGUCCUUUACACAAUCACCAGGAAUCCCACAUUUGGCCAGCUGAGGGUCAACCAAAAGCCAGCAAGGGACUUCUCACAGAAGCAGGUGGACCAAGGGGAAGUGACUUUUAUUUUCACAGAUUUCACCUCCCCUGAGGAUGAAUUCCAGUUCCUUUCAAGAUCCAAAGGAGGAAACAUGUCAGGAGCAGUGAAUGUGACAGUCAAGGCUUUGGUCAGAAUGCAGCAGGGGAUUCUGUGGCCAAGGGGGAAAACCAUCCUGCUGGACACCAGUGUUCUUGAUGCAAGCGAGCUGGCCAACAAGACAAAGAGCGUCCCAGUCUUUAAGAUCCACAGAGCCCCCCAGGGCAGCCAUUUUGUGAAAGUCUCAGAUGACAAAGACAGGCAGCCCACUCCCACUGACACCUUCACCCAGGAUGAUCUUGAGAGAGGGUUGAUUGCACUGGAAGUCCCACAAGCCAAAGACUCUGGGCAGCACUUGCAGAACAACAGCUUUGUGUUCGAGCUGGCAGCUGCAGGGGUGCCGCCUGCCUUGGAGUUGCUGAAGUACAGCUCUGAGCCCUUUGACUCCUCCAAGGUGUACAGGGCCACACUUCUCACUGCCACCCAUUUCCCAGAUACAAGCCUCUGGCCCACACUCCAGGAGACAAGCCCUUCCCCAGCAACCUCAGCCACUCAGCCUCAGGGCUUACCGCGACCAAGUCACAACACUAGUGAACAUGAGACACCCCCCACAACCUGGCAAAGCCAUGAGGCCACAACCAGCCCUUCCCCUGUGGAAGGGGGCACAUUCCUCAGCUUCAUUGAAGCCAACAUGUUCAGUGUUAUCAUCCCAAUCUGCCUCAUCAUCCUUCUUUUGGCUUUAAUCCUCCCCCUGCUGUUUUAUCUCCACAAGCGCAACAAGACUGGAAAGCACAAUGUACAGGGCACGGCCGCCAAACCCAAGAAUGGGGCUGUGGUUGACCAGGAGACCUUUAGGAAGACCGACCCAAACCAAGCCAUUCCUUUAACGACUGUGAACACACUGGAGGCCAAGGGAUCGGGACCCGUGACCAAAGGAGCAGGGGCAGGAGGGCAGCAGGACCCUGAGCUACUUCAGUACUGCCGGACUUCGAAUCCCACCCUAAAAAAUAAUCAGUACUGGGUCUGAAUGCUGGGCUGAGAGGCUGAAAGGCAAGACUCUUCCCUUCCAACCAGAACCCCCCAGCCUCCUCAACUACUAUGGAGUCCUCCUGCCCCUUGCUCCUCUUUGUCUCCUCUCAUCAUCCCUGACAGACAGGAGGCAGUAUCCCUUUGACACAAGAGGACUUCUGGGGAUAUUGGAUCUUCCUGAUGCUUUCAGGGCCUCACUGGUACAAAAGCAAGGAAUCUCCCUGAAGUGAACUCAUACCCUGAAGUCUCAGCUCUCCCACCAUCUUGGGGAGGAGGAGAGAAAAGUCUGGUGGGUAAAUUAAGUAUGAAAUGCCAUAGACAGAGAGGAGGAAGAGCUUGUGGGAAUUCUAUAAGUGUUUGACUGCCCAAAUCGUUCUGGUGAGGUGAUCUGGGAACUGAAUAACUAACUGAGUUAAAAGAUCCCAGGCCAGGUUGAUCCCUGCACACCCCAUCCAGCCCAGCCCACUGCACACAACUCUCUCAGUGGGGAGAUAGGAUAAGACUUUCACCAGUGUGUUUUCCCAGCUCUGAAGCAUGAAGUGGGAUUUAAGAGCAAGUUGCACUAAGUAAGGAUUGAAAGGAAGCUUUCUGAGUUCCCCAAGGCUAGGCUGGCUGAGGCACCAGAGCACAGAGUUGGAAAAAAUCUUUUGCUGAUGCCAAGGGAAUCUGAAAGUGUCACUGCCCAUUUGGAAAAAUAAUCUCCCCUUCUGAAUAUUUCUUGUGUGUCUCAUAAGCCAAAUUGCACAGUCUCCCUAGCCCUGUUGCGCAACAGGUAGAACGAAUUUAACAGAUUACAAAACUGGGGCAUGUUUAUAGUGAGGAAAGCCUAUCACACGCUCCAUAAAGGACAUGUGUGGGUGUGUGGGGUAUAUUUUAUGAAACAAAUAAUGUGUGGGGCCAAAUCCUCACCUGAUGUAACCCAGUCUCACCCCAUUGAUUUAUACCAACAGAGAAUGGGUCCAUGUACAACUACCCUGGGCUUGUUUCCACUCUUAUCUACCACAGUGAAAGUUGGAUGUAACCCCUCAGACAUCAGUGAAGGGAUGGGUAUGUAUAGGAGAGAAAAAACAGACCCAUCACAUAUUUCCAGGAGGGCACCUCUCCUCCAACAUGGGACAUACACACAGAACAAAAUGGUUUUUCCAAAAUGGUUCACAUAAAUAUAUUGUCCGAAGCACGCUUUCUGACAGGAGUGACGUCCUUUCCAGCUCAUUUUUAAGCCAUUGAGCAAACAGAACAAUUUGGAAAUAAUGGUGCCAAACCUCAGGAUCUUUCCCAGAUCAAAUGUCUAGUACAUUAAAAGGAAAGUUGCUGAAGAAUGGGCAGAGGAAGACUUGAGUUGAGAGCUCAAGUCCUGACCAAACUAUAAUAUUUUUCAUUGCUACAUCACCUCAAGGGCCAGAUUCUGCUUCCAUUUACAAUGGUGGAAAUAUGGAACAAUUCAAUCAAAGCCAAUGGGAUUUUUCCAGAUUUGUGCCAUUCUAACUCAGAGUAUAAUUUGGCCCUAACUGACAUUUACUUACAUUGUUCUUUCCAAAACUAGCUGCCUGAAUGUAGGAGUUGGGGGAUAUCCUUGGGGGGGUGGGGGUCUCUAACAUCAGUGCAAACAGGGGAAAUAUUUUUGUGACUAUGCUGAAGUUGCCUGACUGUAUGUGGAGUGCCAAAUGUUUAAAAGCGCAGCUACUAAAGUGCAUAUGUCUGACUCACAAAACCAGAAACUGCAGGGUGUACAAGCCCCAGUUUGUGGUGCCCAGAUACCUGCAUGCACAUGUACAUCAGACCUGCACACCUGUCAGCAUUUGUGUACUUGGAAAUACACAUGCAAUAGAACAGGUGCGCAUGAUGGGGAACAGGGUCCCAUGUCUCUACAGUUGUAAAUGCCUCAUCUCUGAAACAGUUCCUGUGUCUUUAGGAUACUAUGAAGCAAGGCUGCAGAGGAGCUGAGAGCUGAAUCCCAUGCCAAUGGGUGGAGCAGAGGCACAAAGAAUUGUUUCACAUCUUCCUCCUCCAUUGCAGUUCUCAAGCUCACUUCAUGUGUGACCCUAGACACACAGCCUUCCAGAACAGGGGCUGACAGCCCUGACCUUAGCAAAGUACUGCAGACUUCUCCCACACAGCUCUGCCAAUGCAAAUCCCUUUGUGCCUGCCGUUGGUGUCAGACCUGUGUGCAGCUUUGCUAACACCUCUCACUUCUGUCCUGAAGCAACCCUCCCAAUAAGCUCCAGGACUGAGGGGCCACACUCCUGUUCUUCCACUCCCAGGCCUCCCCACUGCCCUGCCUGUGGUCCCCCAUACUGAUCCACAUCAGCCUCUGCCAGUCCACAAAGCUGUGCCACCACACUGCAGCCCUUUGCCUCAUGGGAGCCACUACUGCAUAGUGCAGUGGUGUCAAAUGUAUGACUCAUUGGCCAGAUCACUCCCACAGACGCAUAUAUCUGGCUUGUGAAGCUCCCACAGGAGCUGUGGAUUUGAGCAGUGGGGGGGCUAUAGAUGAAGCAUGAUGUAAGAGCUGGGCAUGGUUGUUAUUCCUCUUCCCAAAAUACCGGCAUGAGUAUCCACCCCAAGUAGUAGGCUUCCUCACUCUGUUCACUGUCACUGAAUCCCAGCAACACACUUUCUCCCUCUCCUCCCGAGUUUGCCUCAAACGGGAAUUUUGUACCUUGUUACCCUGUAAAAAAGGAUUCUGGUUACAUUUCCUGAAAGAAUGGGUGAGUCAGGGAUGGAGGCCUCGAAUGGAGCUGGGAGCCAGUGAAUAGUUCAAAUAGCAGCCGCAGUGUUGGAGGUGGAUUUCCUAGGGGCUUUUUGUUUUCUUUCCUUUACAGUUUGCUUCCCAACAACAGAUUGGAUAAUUUAUAAUAAAGCGACCGGUUUUGUAAAGAACAUGGAAAUAAACAAGAUAUUUUUAAA